AUGAGUUCGACUUCAGAACUGAGAUUGUUCGCAAGAAAUGAACUGUUACAGGUUUGUAAAGCACGGCCUCAGAAUGCGGACGCGAAGCAGAAGUACGAGGAAUGCCAUAAAUUGAUGCGGAGAAUUGCAUUCGAGAAAGCCAUAUCAAUGGAACACGACCGGCGCAGCAUCGCUGAUUCCAUCAAUAUUAAUGCGAUAGGUAAAGAAGCCGCCAGUGUUAUUUGA